UCCUCACCCCCUCAACCCCCACCCUGUGCGUCCUUCUCCCUAAUGCAAAGGAUGGCUGAAGCUCCGCCCACUACCAGUGACAUCACCGUUUCCAAUAGCAACCGAGGAUUCUGCAGAUCCAACAGCAGAAGCCCCCAGUGGGGACAAAGCAGGGUGGUCCCUACACCUAAGCAAUGUCCUAAUCGGCGGAGAGGGGAGGGGCCGAGUCCCUCCAGACAGGAUCCUGGCCCCGUCCCCUGCCUCUCUCACCCCUGUUCUGACUGGCCUGCCCCCAGUUCAACACAGACGCUGCGGGAACCCUGGCUGGAAGACGAGGGCUGCAGCGCCUGGCAUGCUCUCAUUCUUGCCCCUUCUCUCUCAAGGCGAGGAAAUCACUGCUUGGGGGCUAAUGUGCCCGCCUGCAGCUGCACCCACACAUCCCUCUGUUCUGAGGGUGAGGUCCACAGCCUGCCGUGUGGCCUUAGGAGGGCUUGGGGUGUGUGCUUAGGGGCCCAGAGCCGGUCCCAUCUUCACAGGGUCUGUGGCCUCUGGUGGUUCAGAGCUUGGAGUCUGCACAGGUGCAUGGGGACAGGCAGCCAGCAAUGCUGGCUCUGGUGUGGCCCCGACAGCUCCAGCUGGGAGCGUGAACAUGGCCACGGCUGGAGCACACACACCGUGGGUGCCAUCCGAAGCACAUCAGGGCUCUUUCUGCCCUUGAGGCCUGGUUACCGACCCAGCACCGCCUCCCCCAGGCCGUCGGCGUUCAAGCUUCUGCCCAGAGGCCCUCGCAUGUGCCAGGUCAGUCUUUCCCAUACUGAGUCUCUCCUGGGCUCUGCACCCCCUUUCACCUCAUGGGCUUCUUCCACACCCCCAGCAAGAGGGGUGCAGCUACAGAAGGGCUCGACCCUGCUGCUUGCUGUGAAAGAUCCUGCCGCGGGUUGAGGCUGCCUGAGCAGAUGCCUGCCUGUGCCAAGAUGCUUCAAAGCCUUAUUAAGAACAUUUGGAUCACCAUGAAGUCCUACUAUAUCCAAGCUUACCAGGAGAUUUGGGUGGGAAUGGGGUUAAUGGGCUUCCUUGCGCUAGUGGUAAAGAAUCAGCUUGU